GGAGGCAGGGAUGAGGAUGCCCUGUGUGUGUGUCCCCCCCAUAGGCAUCAACCUGCGGCCCGGCCACCCCCUGCACCCACGGGCACUUCUGCGACGAGCACUUCGGGCUGUGCCUGCCCGAGCGGCCCGAGGGGCAGUACUGCCGCCGAGACUCGCACUGCGCCCGCGGCCUCCUCUGCAUGUUCGGGAAGUGCCAACAGCCCGUGCCCGACGGGCAGGAGGGAGCUCGGUGCGUGCGGGACGAGGAGUGCGGAGCCGACGGGUGCUGUGCGCGGGUGCACGGCGAAAGCGUUUGUCAGCGGCGGCUGGAGCGGGGCCGGAGCUGCCACGUCCCCCCCGGGGGUCUCGCCUUCAGCAUCAACCAACUCUGCCCCUGCCAGCGAGGGCUCGUGUGCAGGGCGAGCGCGCCCGUCCGAGAGAAGGCGUUCGAGUACCGGCCGGAGAAGAGCGAGUGGCGGUGCCGGCAGCCCUGAGCCGGCGGCUCCCUAUUUAUUGCCUGUAAAUAGCCCGCCCGGAGCCGGCCGAGCCAUCGCCCAUCAC